UGUUUCAAUAUUUAAUUGCAUUUCUUUCGGAAUUACUAGGCAACCCACCCCCAGAUGUGCAGUUUAAAGGUGAUGUGCUUGCAGUGAGAUUUUCAGGAUCUACUCAGCAGAGCACCAUCAUGUGAUACUGGGGUAAGGUGGAGUUCAGCUUUAAGGGGGAGUCUCUAGCCUUCCUCACCCAUCUUUAGGAUCUCAGCUGAAGAAAUACCAGAGAAUGCUUCCCCUUUCCCUACUCCCUCUUCUCCAUCCAGCCUCCUGAGGCAUCCUCUGAGCAGACCAAAGACGGGCAGAGCAGUUGCAAGGUGGCCCGAGGGAGAUGCGGAGCUGAGGAGCGGGCUCGGCCCGGCCUCCGCUGCGGGACCGAUGGGCGCCCCCUGAACUCGGAGCGGUCUGGAUGAGAGCGGCGAAGGGCGGCGGCGAGUUGGAAACAACAUGAAUACCUCCUCGGCCUUCGCCCCACUGGGAAAUAUUUCCGGUCACCUGAAUAUUUCGGAGACGAACUCGCAGAUCUUGCAGUUUGAGGACGAGGAUUGCCGUGUGCCUUUAGCCAUGGUCUUCACUCUGGCCUUGGCUUAUGGGACUGUGAUAAUUCUGGGAGUCUCCGGGAAUCUGGCUUUGAUUGUCAUUAUUUUAAAACAAAAGGAGAUGCGCAAUGUUACCAACAUACUCAUUGUCAAUCUAUCCUUUUCGGACCUCCUGGUGACCAUCAUGUGUCUUCCUUUUACCUUUGUGUAUACUUUAAUGGACCACUGGAUUUUUGGGGAGGCCAUGUGCAAACUGAACCCUUUCGUGCAAUGUGCCUCCAUCACCGUCUCAGUCUUUUCUUUAGUCCUCAUUGCUAUUGAGCGCCAUCAGCUGAUCAUCAAUCCCCGUGGCUGGAGGCCAAACAACAGACAUGCCUACAUGGGGAUUGCUGCCAUAUGGAUUUUAGCUACAGCUUCCUCUUUGCCUUUCCUGAUCUACCACGUCUUAACAGAUGAGCCCUUCAGAAACGUAACAUUUGAUGAAUAUAAAGACAAAUACGUGUGCUUGGACCUGUUCCCCUUGGACACUGCCAGGCUUUCUUAUACUACAACGCUUUUGGUCAUUCAGUACUUUGGACCGCUCUGUUUUAUAUUUAUUUGCUACUUGAAGAUAUACAUACGGUUGAAAAAAAGGAACAACAUGAUGGACAAGAUGAGAGACAGUAAGUACAGAUCCUCUGAAACCAAAAGGAUCAACAUCAUGCUGAUCUCAAUAGUGGUCGCAUUUGCAGUUUGCUGGCUGCCUCUCACCAUCUUCAAUAUCGUGUUUGAUUGGAAUCAUGAAAUUCUGCCUGUUGCUACUUGCAGCCACAACCUGUUGUUCCUGAUUUGCCACCUCACUGCCAUGAUUUCUACCUGUGUGAAUCCCAUCUUCUACGGGUUUCUCAAUAAGAAUUUCCAAAGGGACCUGCAGUUUUUAUUUCAUUUUUGUCAUUUCCACUCCCGUGAGGAGGAUUAUGAGACUAUAGCCAUGUCCACCAUGCACACAGAUGUUUCAAAAACCUCUUUAAAGCAGGCAAGCCCAGUUACAUUUAAAAAAAUAAAUAGUGACGAUGAUGAAAAAAUAUAAAGGAGUAAUAAAAAUUUCACACCAAACUGCUUGAAGUGUGAUUGCAGGUGAAAUGUGUCCAAGGACAAGUGAAAUUACAUAACAAGUACAAAAUGCGUAAUGUCUUUCUUCUUUUUCCAAGGAACUUUGAUUGUUGUCACUUUGAAAUUAUAUGCUGUGCAUUUUUGCCCCUUUUACUGCUUUAAUGUUCACAGAAGUUGUAUCUGAAUUUUAUUAUAAGACAUAGUUAGACCUUCUACUACCUAUGGUUUUCAUCAGCUGUCUUUUGUUCUGUUUUCUUUGUACAGUUAUGUGCUUUAGCAGAAAGGCUUAUUUAUUGAUUAUAUUUUUUCAAAGAAGUAGCUUUCUAAGACCAUUAGAAACAAUAUGAACCACAGGGACACUGUCACUACAGAGGACACCCACCAAAAAAUAAAAUUAGGAAAUUCUGAUUUGAAGAGAAGUUCCUUUCUUUUUUAAUUCAGCUAUUGAUUGAUAUUAAAAUUCUCUAAAAUCAGUGUACGCAUGCAAAAAAAGGAUUCCGUGAGACCUGUAGAAUAUGUUUAAAUGGGGAAAUACAGUUUUCUAGUUCACAGUGGCAAUUCAGGCUAUAAUCACUUAGUUUCAAAGGAAGGAUUAAGAAAGAAAUUCUGUUCUCAUUUAUGAGAACAAAACCCUAUAGUAAUUCCACAGUGCACAAUGGGAUAACUCUGAUGUUUCACCACAGCAAAGGAAAGCAUAAAGGGGCCUUCAGUCCCAGCUGAUUAGAGCUGGUUUUAAUAACACAGGCUUUUUAAUUUAAAAACUCCAAGCCCCAUUUUCAUCUGCCAUCACUGACGGGAGUUAGUGUUGCUGGGAUGAAAUACACCAGCUGUCCCUAGCCUAUGAACCAUGUAAAUUCUCCUUGAGACCUAUGUCCAGAAUCUAAAGGGAGAUGGGAUUGUACAGUGCCUAGACAAGGUGCAAUACCACCCUUGCAGGUGACAGUGAAAAUCAGGUCUGGUAUUAAAAAAGGUAAGGUUUAUCUAUCUGAGUCUUAUCAUAGUAAUUAGUGUUGACCUACAUAAAUUAUGCAUAGCUUCAAAAUAUGUUGUGUUCAGAUGCAAUGGCAUAAACCUGGAUAAUUUUGGUUUUAAGCUGUGCCAGGGGAGAUUUAGGUUGAAUAUUAGGAAGAAAUUUUUUACAGACGGAGUAAUCAGGCAUUGGAAUGAGCUGCCUAGGGAAGUGGUGGAUUCACUGUCCCUGGAGGUUUUUAAGAUGAGACUGGAUGUGGCACUUAAUGCCAUGGUCUAGUAACCACAGCAGUGUUGGAUCAAAGAUUGGACUUGGAGGUCUUUUCCAACCCAGUUGAUUCUAUGAUUCCAAUUUCCAAGACAAUGAAUGGUUAAAUCAAGAUCUGCAAAACCUAAAAGAAGGAUAUGGAUAAAGUUUGGGUAUAACUGGUGUGCUUAGCUUCCAAACUCACAGUUUCCACAUUUAUUUGAAGUGUGGAAUUAUUUGCCAAAUUUAUACAAUAGAGCUCUCUGUGUUACUGCUUAAAAUAUAUAUCCUCUAAUUACACAAAAUAUUCAUGACUAGAUCCCCAGUUGAGGGAAACCCACAGAACUUGACUGCUGUAAAUGAAAUGACACAAUAUUAGCCAGCUGAGGUUCUGUGUCAUACAGUGUACUUUGCUGUAUAAUCAAGGUCUUUUUGAAUAAUCAGCUUUUUAAAAUACAAUAUAGACCCUACUUUCUUUCAGGAAAGUAAUUUUAAAUCAUUAUGGCAGACAAGAGGGUCUUUAAAAUGGAUAUAAAUGUAAAUGCAGCAUGAAUGGAAAUCUGACCUGAUACAUUUCUGAGCAAAAAGAUCUCAGGAUAUUAUGGUGAACUUACUGUGUUCUAAAUUUGACAUAGAUAAAUGCCUAAGAAAUUAAAAUUAUUUGGGUUGCCAGAAUUUAAAAGUAAAAAACUGUGCCUUGUGUUGUCUUAUAAAUAGUGUAGAAUAUUAAAGUAGCAAUGUGUUCUUGUGCAUUAUAAUUCCAUGUAUUUCUCUACUGGAAGAUAAUUUAAUUUAAAAGGUUUCUGUGCUUGAGAAAAGAGAUGGAAUGUAGGAAAUUAAUUAUAAGACAGAAGUUUCUUUCAGAGCUUUGGCCUUUUGUAUUUUAUGAGAUUUCCUUUUUUUCUGUGGUUCUCUGUGUUAUGUGUUGCUAACAAUUUGACAAGGGUCUCCCAAAAUUAUUUCCCUCUCACUUUGCAACAAUUUUCACCUUCUAAAGGAUCUGUAGUUUCACAUGAGAUACAAUGUAGAAAAACAGCCUUUUUUAUAUAUAUUAAGAAUGUCACAGUGGAUUUUUCCCAUUACAAAAACAGUCACUAUGAAUUUGUGAAUUUUACAUGCUUAAAUGCUUUUUUCCUUUUCUUUUUUUUUUUUUUUCUUUUUUUAUUUUAAAAACCUCUUUCUUUCAGUGGAGUGGAAGAAGAAAAUUCAAUUAUUUGAGAAACUUUCCAUUUAGUUUUCUGGAAAUUUUUAUCAGGCUGCAUUAGAUGUUUAUAUAGCUGGAGAUGUUUAUAGCUGCUGGAGGAACUUUAGAGGAGCCUGUCGGUGCUCAGGGACAUAAAACAGGUGUGUGCUAAGAUUUGGAGGUCUUCAGUGGGAUAGCAACAUAUUUAUUCCUAUGUCAGCAUUUCUCCUGCUUGAGGUAGAGUCUCAAAGCCUGCAGCCCAUGUGAUACUGUCUCAUACUGUCUCCUGAGAAUGUGUCAGGUGUUUUUUGCCUCCCAACACCUGAUAAACAAGGUGAUCUGUAAGUAAGAGGAUUCCUUCUGCUCAGCUUCGUUGAGCUCAGGAGCCAGUUUUCCUCUACACUGCUGUCCUAGAAUCAGGCUUCUUAUAUGUUUCCUCACUUCCCCCCAAGAAACCUUUCUGAGCCUCUACUGAGGACACAGGGUAGUGCAUUGUCAUACAAAUAGCACAGCGUGCUCUGCCUCAAACAACAGUGGAAAGGAACACAGUGUAAAGAGUGUCCAGCAGGAAAAUGCAUUUGGAGAAUUUCAGAGGGCAAAAUCAUUGCUUUUCUGAAGAAUUUGUUCUGAGGACAGAGAUAAAAGUAGUCUCUCUGAGGUGCUGACCUGACAUCCACAGGGCAUAGAUCAUAUCUACUGAGAGCAGUAUUUUUGUCCUUGUAUUUGUGACUUGAUGCUGGAGUUCUCAAAAGCCGCUGGAGACUUUCCCCUCCCAACAACCAGCUACAAUAUGGAUCCUAUUUUUUAUUUUCAGUGCUCCAGCAUGGCUUCUCAUCCUCUAUAUGCUAAAUUUCUUUAUAGGGUAAGCUGCUGAGUCUCGUGUUUCACUAUAAUUUUUAAGUCAUUCUGGUUUGAUAUUUAUUUCUCCUUUGUGCUGUUUUGUCGAACAUCCCACACAUCAGCACAUGGUGAUUCCUGUCUCAAAAUCCUGAAGAUUCUAUUUAUUCUUUCAGACUGGUAGAGAAGUUUUACUGACAGAAAAUCAGAACAGUGAGUGAUCUAUAAUGUAUCUUAUUAUUUAUGUGUCAUACAUUUCAUGUCAAAUCUACAGCCUUAAAUGACAAAUGAAACUAUUUAAUAAACAUUAUUAUCUGCUUCAUUUAUCAGUUAUUUUAGCAUCUUAAACUUCAGUUUUAUUGGCCAGAGACAUUUAAACCUUCUGAAUAAUCUAAAUAAACCAGCACAUUUGUAUGUCAUGUUAAUAAAUACCUCUGUAUUCCCAUGUUGGUUUUUUUUCAACAUGUCUCUUGACUGUGUCAUUCUCACUACAUAUGGUAAUUCACAACUUUUACAUCAACAUUAAAAAAAAGGAUAAUAAUAAAGGAAGCAAUUAAUUGGCAAUAAUACUUGCCUUUGGUAGGCCAGGAAAGAACUGGAUAUUAAAAAAAUAAAAAAAUCUAUAUGUAUAUAAUCAACCCUGUUUUUAUCACCACAUAAAGAAAUCAGAUUUAAACCAGGGAAAGGAAUCAACAUGACAGGACCCCCCAGAUCGCUUGAGCUGAUGCUGACUGUAUCUCAUCACUGAUUAAGGUGAGAAGGGUAAGGGUUCAUAUUUUCUGACUCUGAGGUCUUGCACUACAGUACUUGCUAUUAUGAAUGAAUACUAAAGGCAAAAUGAUACUGAUUCAUAUUCAGACUGUAAAUCAUCAUAUGUUUAAAUACAGGCCUGUAUAUCAAGUUCUCAUUCUAACCUCUGGAAAGUGUUUUCAGAUCAAUGAAAUGGAAAAUUUGCUUGAAGUUAACCAUUUGCUUAGGCACUCUACUGAAUAAAGGUGCACUUCUGGCUGGCAGCUCACACUCUUUCCUUUUUAUUUUUUUUUUAAUUUUUUAAUUUAAUUUUUAUUUUUAGUAAUAAAAAUUUUAUUAUAGAAAUAAAUUAAUGGCAUAUAGUUGUUUGGCUUUUUUUCUGGAUUGUUCUAUGGAUUUUUUUUCUGGGGUACAGUGCCUGAUAAUGGUUCAUUUUAAAGCUUUACUUCCUAUUUCUUUCUAUCAAAGAAUUUACUGAACCAGUUCAUAGAGAAUGAAGACAAUAAGGAAACUUUUUUCUUUUAUUCUUAUUUUUAAAGUAUACAUAACAGUAGGAAACAAGAGCUUAAAUAACAUCUCUUGUCUGCGACAGAUUACAUUCAUUCAGCUGAGUGGAAAAGGGGGAGAAAUAACAGUUAUAACUAAAUGAUAAAUUUUGUUGACAGUCGUUUCUCAAUUGAAAGAUCUGCCAUGCUGUCUUCAUUCCUGUGUUCUUUAAUAUACGGUAUCUGCAUCCCUGAAUCAUUACUAAUUAGUCGAGUCACUACUAAAGUUGAUAUGAAAGAAAAUUUUUUUCUUCUAUCCAGGUUUUUCAGAAUUUCAAAUGUUUGUGUAUUACAUAUAAGAGGAAAAAAUGUGACCAGCUUUAGUCUCUAACACUUUAAUUAGUCUAUGAUCAGAAAUUACUUCUAUUCAGUAUUUCUGCCCAUGCAAAAGAGUGCUAAUGGCCUAAUUGAAGUUGAUAUUUCAAACAUUGGGGAGUACAUUCACAAAGACUGACAGAAAAGGAUGGGGGCUUUUCUGGCCUCCUUCAGAGGCAAUCCGAGGGCAUUCACACCUACACUACUCUGGAUGCUAUGCAUCUACCAAAAUGGCUUUCUAUCCAUUAUCAAUAUAGGCUGCUAAGGGACAGCCAGCUUCCAGGGCCAGCACUAGGCCUGGUGACUACUGCUUCCCUUCCUCCACCUUCCAUGAUGCUUCUGCAUGCACUUCGUAUUUCAUCCUCUUGAUAGCUGCUUUCUGAGGAAGCUGUAGGAAUUUGUACUCUGAUUUUGUGAGUGCCUGAGUAUAUGGUAAAAAUCAACUCUAUUCAGGGCAGUGCUUUAAAUAGUUUCUUUCAUCAAAAUUAUCUUCCGGCAAGUUUCUGGUAGGCAAGUUUCUCAAAAUUUAGAAGUACAUAAUCUACAGAGCUUAUGUGGGAUAUAUCUUCAUACAGAACAUCCAAAUCAUUGCAGCAAAACUGACAGCACACACAGUAUUAUGUUUUCCAAAUAGAUGAGUUGAUGAUCUGGUUAUUUGACACAGGUCAGGCUUAGUUGCAAGAAAUUUGCACCUGAAGCAAAUGUGUUUGAGACUGAUGCACAGGAGAGGCUCUGCAUGGUGAACUAAUGUGCCACAAAUUAUGCAACAUUGCAGAUAUACAGGGAAAUAGAUAGUUUGGAAAAGAACCAAAAAGCAGAAGAUCUAGAUGAAGCCUUGAUGCCUUCUGCCAAAUAUAAAUAAAAAGACUUGAAGGGAAACUCAGACAUUAUUUAAUUUGAAGGCCAACAGACUGACAGGUAAAUGCUUUGUUGAGGAAAGUGUUGGUCCAAAAAGUAUUUAUGUUAAACAGGUUCUCUGCUCCAGUUUACUGAAAAAGGAUAUAAAAUUAUAAAUUACUCUGAAAAUAUAGGUUUUUAAGAUUCUUCACCUUGGAUUAAUCUAGAUCUCUUUUUGAGACAAAGGAAACAAAAUUUUUUGGCACAAUUGAAAAAUAACAGUUUUCAUUGUGUCCCCCCACUGCACAGGAAUCCAUUUGUUUCCACUCCUGCACAACAUGGAGGAGGUUUGUUUAUGGCAGGAGUAACCUGAUCAACAAAGCCCUUCUUGUCUCUCUUGGCUCAUGUCCACACUGAUAUUGUGCUGCUGUUUUUCACUUUGCAAUCUCUCCCCCCUGCCUCCACCAAGCUAUGACAUUUUUAUUAUUCUAUUUAUAUUGUUUCUUUAUAAAAGCUGUCUGUGAAAAGAUGUCCUUGAAAGAUCCUAUUCAAUAUGUGCUUGAACAUAUGGGUGAGAGGCCACACAGGACUUACAGAAAUGUGACUGACAAUGUGAUGAUGUUUCAGCGGAUAGAGAAGUUGAAAACCUAUUUGUUACAUACUGUCAUUCAGCCCUUUUCAAUUAAAGUUUUUGUUAUCAUUUUAAUUCAUGUAAUCUAAAUAUCAGCUAAACUUAUGUAUCUAGUGUUUCCUCUUGGUGAUCAGCCUCCAGAGACAUUCAGCAAGAGGAGACACUGGGUAACCAACUUGUAUCCUUACUUAGCCUUGUAUGCUCUCACAAAGCUCCUCAUUUAUUUAUACUAUACUUGAAGAUAUAUAUGCAAAAGUGUUCACUUCUCUCUCUUCAAGACUAGUGGAAGUUGUGUAAUUAAGAGAUAUAAUAGAUAGGACUGGUUUAUCUUUCCUGACUUUUAUUUCCAUUAUUAUUAUGACUGUAAAGUUCAAGGGACUUCAGUUAAGCCUUGACUUCUUAUCAGUUUGGGCACAUGGGUGUCAGUUGCCAUGCAUAUGGCUAAACAGGUGCUAAAGUAAGAGCCUUGAAGCCUGACCUUAAACACUGCAAGGUUAAUAAAAAGACUCCCAUUGACUUCAAUGAGCUUUGGGUAGGUACUUGUUUCAAGUGACACUGAAGUGACAUAUAUGUCCGAACAUUGGCUUCCUAGAGAGGGCAGCAGUAAGAAGUGACGUUAUCUGCAUGUGUGAACUCAGCAGAGACACAACUCCUUAGUCAUCCAUGUCAGUCCAAGGGGCAUAUCAAAAAGUCAUCUUCAGCUGGUACUUAUACUAUGGUUAUCCUCUUAAGUUCUUCUGUGAGUUUUACUCUGAUUUUUUUUCUUGACACAGUUACAAGUUAAAUGUAUCUGCCGAGCUAUCUGGCUUAUCAAUUUAAGGCAAUUUGCUUCACAGAAAAUUGAAGAUGGCACUAGCAAUUCUUCACUACUAAAAGUGGGGGCUUUUAUAAUUAUUAUUAUUAUUAUUAUUACAACUACUUCUGCUUUUUUUCACUUUGGGAAACAAACAAACAAACAAACAAAUCACUAACAGCCAGACAACAUAGUUUAUUUUACAUCUGAAAUUCCUCAGUCAGUAAGGAAUCUCAGCCUGCAGCACAAUCUGUGGAUUUACCUAAUAGAGAUGCUCCUACAGCAGAAACACCAGCAAUCAUGAAUAAAACUACUGUAAGUAGUUGCUGAAAUACAGUUAUCUUCAGAAUUAGAUAAGGGCAUCUUUAAGUCAAUAUAGAGAAACUUGAAUUAAAAGAUUAAUGAUUUUGUGUUGGAAAUGGUACAUUCAAAUAACCCAGUGACCUCAAGAAAUUAUAAAACCUGAGCCUGGUCUCAUUCAUAAUAGUCAAAUGCUGCAGUAACAUCUCUUGACAUUGUUCAGAAUGUUAUGUGGUGGAUGAGGCAGGUAAAUGAGAUCAGUUUGUGAAGCUGUCAGAUUGGUUUUUUAUACCCAUAGAUUUUAUGUUACCCAGGGUUGGGGUAACAUAAGGAAAUGAAGAACCUUGGUUUUUUAAUUCCUUGAUAAUUUUCUCUCAGACCAAACAGAUUUGUUAAAGCUUUCUAAGGGUGAAAUGGGAUUGGAUGAGCUGAGUACCCGUUGUAAAAGUGAGUUUGUUCUUUUAAGCAGGACAUACAUGUUGUAGGUGUUAGCAUCUGAAGUCUUAUAUUCUACACAGUAGAAUAUAGAUAUGUAUGUUUACUAUCACAUAUAGAAACAUUUUAAAAUGCUGACUUCAAGUAAAUUCUAUACAUUUAUAAAAAAACCCUAAAUCUUUAGCAGUUCUUAUGUUCAGAGAAUGUUCAUAAAAGAAACAAAUCAAGCUGUGCCAGUUGUCCAUUUGUGCUGACUGUGCAGUUUGUUUUGGCCAAAGGGUUUUAUUGACCAUGGGACCCUGUCUGAGUAUCAGCAUCUGCUUGGGAGACAUGGGAACCACCUCACUGAGUGAAGCAAAGGUAUCUUUGCCAGCAGGAUGUCUGACUUGCUAAGAAGUUCUUUAAACUGGGAGUGAUGUGAAAUGAAGAGUAUUACCAGGAGUCUCUGAGGGAAUGAGGGACAAGACUGUCAAGCAAAGGGCCUGGAGUGGUGCAAGUGAAUGCAAAGACAGUGAAGAGCUUAAAUGAGGUCAGUUAAGCAAGGAAGUGCCUACAAGAUACAAAUUUAGGAAAAAUCCUCAGACCCUUUCUGGGAAAAUGGCAUGCUGAAGUGUCCCUCAGAAGUGCCUCUCUCAAGUGCCUGUUCACGAAGUGUGUGCAGCAUGGGGAAUAAAUGUAAGUAGAGAACUGUGUGGGAUUGCAGGGCUAUGGUGUUGUUGGGAACAUGGCAGUGUAGUGGGACGUCUCCCAUGACUGGAAUGUUGCAAUAGUGGAAUACAGGCCCUUUAGGAAGGACAGGGUAUGAAGAGGUGGAGUUGCCCUUUAUGUGAGAGAGCAGUUAGAGUGCAUGGAGCUAUUCCGAGGAUAGAUGAGAAUUUAAGCUGAGAAUUUAAGAGAUAGGAUUAAACAACACACCAGUAUGGAUGACACUGUAGUGGGUGUCUGCUACAGGCUGCCUGAUGAGGGAAGCAGUAGAUGAGGCUAGAAGAAGUCUCAUGUUCAGGCCCUGAUCCUUGUGGUAGACUUUAAUCAUGCCCAAUACCUGCAGGUCAUAAGUAAUCCAGGAUGUUGCUGGAGAGCAUCGAUGGAAAUUUCCUGACAACGAUCAUAGAGAAAUCAACACUUGCAAACAAGGAAGAGCUUGUCAGGGAUGUGAAGACUGAAGGCAGUAUUGGUGCAGUUCUGUACUCUUACAAGUUUGGGGAAGACUGGGAGCUAUGCAGGUAAAAGCAUUUUUAUCAGUACUUGAGUAAGGAAAAGAAUAGAAACCCCACUCCUGCCUGCUAUGUUUGACAGCAGCAAUCUGACCAGUAUUAUCUGGAUGAUGAGUAUGCUUUUAUGUCUGAGCUAGGCAGUGCAACAUGGGAAAGAGGACCAUGGGGCUCAAGAGUUAUUGAGCACAACCAAUAGUUGUGGUAAUGCAGUAUUAGCCUGCAUGGAAAUAUGAGGGGAGAGCUGAGGCAAAUUUGGUGGGCUGAGAACAGGCCAUAGAGUUAUGGAAUCCAAAUGUUAGUAAUUUUGUCAUUUAGAAUAACCUGUGGUAACAAAUGUAUGACAAUUAUCAGUUUCUAGGCCAAGCUAUAGUACACGUGUUUAAGGGGGUUUGUGUUUGGGGCAUUUUUAUUUUUGAAAUAAAGCUCACAAUUAUUUGGAUAGUUAAAUCCAGUUUAGCAAGGUGCUGACAGUACAGAUCAUUCUUUUUCAACUCUAAAGCCAUCUGAAUUUGAAAGAGUUCUGAUUGCACUAAUAUAGUUUGCUUACUAGGUACAGUACAUUUUUUUAAAAAAGCUAUGGAAGGAGCAGUGUUUCUGAUGGGUAUAUAAGCUGUGCUACUCACUUUAUAAUAAAGACACACAACUGUUAUUCAUACAUUUUAACUGAAGAUUGGUUUCAGCCCUGUCACACUGGGUAUUGCCAUUUGACUUCUUGCAUGGUUUUGUUAGAAAUGCAGUGAUUCAUACAAUGACUAUGAUUGCAGCUAGGCAAAAAAGAAAAAGGAGUCAGACAAAACCUUUCUGCUCAGAAGGCACAGUUUAUGUGAUUUCUUAAACCGUCUCCCUGCUCCAUCAAACACCUCUCCAACUCGUAUUUUUAGUUCAGGGUAGCAGAGAGAGAGUUUUGAUGCUUUAAAAAUCUCACCUAAGGCUUCUACCCAUACUGACCCAAUCUGAAAGCUAUGCUGGUUUCUCAGUGCUCUCUGGAAGAAGAUCCCUGCUUGGAGGAGUAUUUAUUUAGACCUCAAACUAUUCAGCUACUGUGUCCUAUAGUUAGCCAGAAUUCAAGAUCAGAUAAGACUGUUUUAAUUAGACAGAAGCUGAGAUAAACAUGUUCUUUAUGAAAUGUUAUUUAGAAACAUCUUUUAUACAAUACUGUUUCCAGAACAGCAAGAAACUUAUUGUAAGACAAGUUCCAAGCGAGCCUGGGUUUAAGAAGCUCUAUUUCUGCUUCCUUUCAGUGCUGUGUUUGCAGCUCUCUACACUGACCCUCUGCAUUCACAUUGCAAGCAGCCAAUGUUGUAAUUGCAGAAAUGAUGACCACACAGACCUCUUGUAGGUACGGUACAGGAUUAAGCAAUCCCUCUCCCCACCUUUCUCUUUUCCCACACCUACGCAUCACAAUCAGUUGUCACACUGAAGGGUAAAUUAAGCUGCGGUAUAGAUCCAACUUAAGAACAGAAAACCUAGAAAUAAAGAAGGGAUUUGAAUGAGGGAAUUGGUCCCAUUUAUCAGCUGGUUACACAAACACUUGUUCUGGUGUGAAGGGCAUAGGUUAGUGAGAGGAAUGAGUGAAUAACUAAGGAUGGGAAUGCACAGUGCUUAGGCUGGCAUGGCCACAAGAAAUGCUAGUCAAACUUUGUAAUAAGGAAAAUACCUUUUAAUCCAUCAGUGUUAGCUCUGACCUGCUAUGAGGACAUUUACUUUGGGUGGCCACCAUUGUGUGAACAGCUGGUUUUGCCAAACAAAUAAACUUGGUUGGAUUUUUAAAGCCUGAGUGCUUGUUGCUUUAAAGGAGUCUGCUCUUGUCUCAGGAUUUGAGCUUUGUGUUCUGACAACCAUUAUUGCCUUUCCAUAUAGAAACAACUUUCAUGCACACUGUGCUUUAGAAGCUGUUAACUCUGUUCCAAGAAACAUAAUAAUCAUGAAAGUAUGCAUUUUAUAGUAAAUUCUAUAACCAUGUGAGUGAUACAUGGUGUGGGUCUUUGGAUUCCAGAAGCUGGUGUUUCUGUGUUUGUUUUUUUCUUUUCUUCACCUGGAAACUGAGUGGAAGAGGAAGAUUGUUGCAGGGCUACAUCCAAGAAGUAAAGAAGUUAUACCUCUGAGUCUACAGAACUGUAUUCAGGAAACUCCUGUGAUCAAGAUUCCAUUGAUUCUACAAUUCUAUGAAUAGGCUAAGCAAUAUCACUAGCCCUGAUAUUUAAGCUUUCUCCAAACAUAUUGUAGUACACCAGUAGGUUCAAACUGUCUUGCUUAAAUCAAUGUGGGACAUUUUUACCAGCAAUUGCUGUGUUGAAUCACUGUGAAUUUUGGUUUUCAACUCAAAGUUUUAACUUAGAGGGAACGGCUUUGAUUUAGCUAAGCUUGACUUAUGAAAUCAUAUAUGGCUCAGUCUGUAUCCCCCCUUGUAAAGUGCUCAAAGACUGUGAUAUGCUCAGAUAUGUGAUCCUAAUAAAAUGAUAGAGCCUAUUUACUGUGUUCAUUUAGGCUUGUUGGUGUCAAAUAUUUGUCUGAACAGCCGCAUUUUCUUGAAAAGAGAUAUAACAACUAAAAUCUGAAAUAUGAAAUUGUUUUAUCUGAGGUUCAGUGCAGUCCCUAAGAUGUGCACCUUAUAUUAAUAUCCAGUCUGGAGACCUUUUAGCUGAGUAUUAGCAAUUAAUUGCAAGGACAUAUAUCUGGAUUAUACAUUGGAGAUUUUGCAUGCAAAUGUAUAAUAAAUGCAUAUAAAUCCAUUGUUAGAUGUUUUGGAAAGAUUGCUUUGAAUAAAGUGACUGAAAUAAAAA